AUGACGGAGCGGACCUCGAUCGACCUCAGAGCUGCGGUGCACAGCCUGCAGAAGGAUGUCGACUCGAAAGCUACGACCAUCAAGCACCUGCAAAGUGCCCUCGAAGCCAAGUCCCAGACGAUCAACAUCUUGUCCAAGGCCAACAAGAGCCAAAACAAAGAUGGCGCCGGUUCUCUGGAGACCUAUAUCGAUGAGGCUGUGGAGGAAAGGUCUCGCAGCAAGCUUGCAGCAAAGGAUGAAGAGGUGAAUCGCUUGAUGGAGUUGCUCCAUGAUCUGGAGGAGCGCCAGAGCGUGCCGGUACCCGCAGAGCCUGCUUCAGGCGAGCUGGAACAGGCAGAGCAAGUGACGCAAUUGCGCGCAGAGCUGGAGGAUCUACGCCGCAGCACAGUGCCCUUGCAGGAAGUUGAGGCCUUGCAAGCGGAGCGCAGCCAAUUGGCAGAACAGCUUCAGGCCCAAAAGCAGCAGGCACAGCAGCAGGCACAGCAGCUGAGCCAGUUCCGCGAGUACCAGUCCAAAGCGUUUGAGCUCAAGUCUGCCAACGACGCUCUGAGCGAGCAGCUUGAGGCUGUUAACGAGGAGAUCCAGCAAAUGCAGGCAGAGCACAAAGAGGAGGUGGAGGAGCUGCAAAAGGCUUUGUCUACUUUGCAAAGCGAUCGGCAGGCCCAUCACCAGGCUGUGGCCGCUCAAAUUGAUGCCAAGGUGAAAGAAAUCCGGCUGUCAUUGGAAAAUGAGAGGUCCAGCAUAGAGCAAGAGCUUCAAGAUGCAAAGGAGAAUGCACGCGUUCAGCUUGACGCUGUCUCAGCGGAGCGAGAUCGCUUGCAGCUGAGAGUGCAUGCGCAAGAAGUUGAAGUGCAGGCUUUGAGAGACGUUGUAGGGGAUGGCAAGGAAGCUCAAAAGGUAGAGCAGGCAGAGCAACCUGAGCUAGAGCAGUCCGAGCCACGGCUUCAGCAGGUGGAAAGAGCCAAAGCCUUGCGAGAGCAGAGCCAGUUCGCUUUCGAUGAGAUGACGAGACAUUUAACAGAAAUACGCGAGGCAGGAGAAACGGAGCGGAAGCGUUUGCAAGCGGAUCUCGACCAGCAGCUCAAGCAGCGCGCAGCUGUUUUGCUGGAAGUGCAGAAUGAGAGGGACAGCCUACAGACGCAGGCAGAGGCCCUGGAACAAGCGAACAAAGCAGUGUCCCUGCAGCGGGACGAGCUUGCCCGACAGCUGCGCGAAAAAGAACGUACCAACCAAGAGCUCAGUGACGAGCUUGAGGAGACGCUGGAGCAGCAGAAGACGCAGCAGCAGAGAUACGGAGUCCUUUCCCUGGUCCAUGCUCUUCAGCGCAGUACUGUUUUGCCCGCCUUCUCUCUGCUCCGCAGGGCUCUCAGCCAUGUUGAUAUGGCGGAAGCUAGCAAUUCUCCGGACAGCCACAAGCUGGCUGUCUUCAGCAAUAUUGAGGAUGUUGAUUCACUGGUGGAUACCUCCACGGGUGAUGCCGGCAUGGACGACUUAGCAGAGGAUACGAGCCCUGACGCAAGUGAUGAUGAGCCAGAUGAGGCCUAUGGUACAGACGAUAAGAGCCAGCUGGAAUGGGCAGAGAUGAUGAAGGCAAACACCUUCGAAUCUCUUUUCAUUGGAGCGGAAACCGUCAAUGAGAAUGCGGCCGCCGCCUCCGGAGAGUUGCAAGAGCAUGUAGCCAACAUCAUGACUUCCUUGGAUUUUUUCCCGCAGAUGUACGCAACACUGAUGCAGGAGCUAGACAGAAGGGGGUUUGGAAAGGAGCUGCGGAAGUUCUUGCUUCUCAUGCAGAGGGCCAUAGGGCGGUCCGUCCGUUUGGCCAACACAAUAGCCGAGCUUGUCGAGAAACAUAAGCAUGUAAGCGGGAGCCUUAAGAAUUUGCUGCGAAGCAAAUACCUGGAGUGGCAUGUCAAAAGCCUUCGUAUUUCAGGGCAGCACGAGGUGCUUCUGCGCUUCCAGAAGAACCAGAUGGCAGCGCUCAAAGCCGAUUACGACGAUGUCCUUGAUCAGUAUGGAGACCAAUGCGAGCAGAACAGGCAGGUCAAGCAGCAAGUUCAAGAUUUGCAAGCUCGGCUUGAAGCUGCCAGUGACGCCACUUCGCGCAAUGAAACGCUGCAGAAGGACUUGCGUGAGGCUCGCGAGGAGCUUGAGGUGGCACACAAGCAACUUCAAGAUUUGAAGACACACUCCGGAAGCAACGGAGCUGUGAGUUCUGCGAAAGAAGAUACAAAGACGAACUCCGAGGAGGUGGCAUCAGAUCCGAAAGCCUCCAGUGAGACAGAGCCUGCUGCGCCAGCCAAAGCGAAGGGCAAAGGCAAGAAAGGUCCAGGCCCUCCUCCCGUCAGCCAAGACGCAACCCAGCCUGAAGCAACCACAGAGCCUGGCAAGGAUCAGGCUGCCGGUGAGGUGUCAGAAACACCUCCUCCAGCUGCCAAGGGCAAAGGAAAGGGGAAGAAGGGUCCUGGUCCACCGCCGCCUGCCCCCAGUGCGGCUGAGGAUGGGGAGCCAGCUGCGUCUGAUGCAGCAAAAGAGGAUGGUGCAGAUGCGCCAGCACUUCCCAAGGCCAAGGGCAAGGGCAAAAAAGGUCCCGGCCCCCCACCUGUGAGCCAGCCCGCAGCCGAGGAGGCGCCUGCAGCUGCUGAAUCUGCGCCACAGGCCAGUGAAGAGUCACCUGCACCGAAGGCGAAAGGCAAAGGCAAGAAGGGGCCCGGUCCUCCGCCGCCCAGCGCUGCCAGCACUGCCAGUGCUCCUGCUGAAGCUGCCGCGGAUGAAGCGGCUCCAGCGGCAAAUCCCGCUCCCGGUAAGGGGAAAGGCAAGAAGGGGCCACCCAUGCCAGGCGCAAAAGCCGGACAGGAGCCAGCUCCAGGUAAUCCGGAGGAGAACACGCAAAGUGCUGAAGGCGCAGUCAAAGGGAAAGGAAAGCCUGCCGCCCCUCCGAAGGGUGGCCCAAAAGGGAAGGCCGGAGGUAAAGGCAAGGUGGCAUUGCCUGAUGUUGACCCUGGCCCGGAGCCUCCCAAGGACCUUGUGGGUAAGAAGUUCCACUGGACCAACGUCGCAGGAAACCGUUUUGCUGGUUCUAUGUUCCAGCAGAUUGUUGAGAACCUGAACCUCAGCAAGUCUGCUGAGCCACCAAACCUUCCAGCAGCUGAGACAGAGGCCAAGGAGCCGACAGAGGCCGAGGCCAAGAAGCCGAAGCUGCCAAAGCUAAGCUCCGAGAUGCUAACGAAGCUGACAGGUGUGUUCUUCAAGAAGAAAGAAGACCCGGCCGAGUCAGAAGGAAAAGAGCAAAAGGAGGCCAAGAAAAAGACCGUGGCUCAGUGCCUGAAUUCAAAGAAGAGUCAGAAUGUGGAGAUCUUCUUGAACGGCUGCGGGAUCAACAUCGAUCACGUGCGCCGAUGUGUUCUAGAUUUAGACACCUCAGACAAAUCGUUGAGUGCUGAGCAUUUGGAGAAGGUCAUAGAGCUUUUCCCUAAGGGCGAUGAGUUGCAAGAGUUGAUGGACUUCAAGAAGACCAACGAUCCUGCAGUGCUUCCCUGGGCCCGGGCUGAGGAGUUCCUCAUCCAGCUGGUAGACAUCUCCGACUUUAAGGUCAGAGCCGAGUGUUGCCUGACAAGGUCCAUGUUUGCCUCUGAGUGCGAUGAGGUGGCCUCGGAUCUCACGACGCUGCAUCAGGCGUUGACAGCUUCCUGCAACUGCGAGCACUUGCGCAAGAUCUUUGCCGUGGUCAUGCAGAUUGGGAACUACCUGAACCAUGGGACCAACAAAGGCGCUCAACGUGGAUUUUCGCUUGACACUCUUCCACUACUCAGCCGGGUAGAGGGCUUUGAAGGCAAGGCAUAUUCGCUGCUACGCUUCAUAAUGGAUGAAGUUGAGCCGGACGUGUGCAGGGGAGCUCUACAAGAGCUUGCGCUCUGCGAUGCAGCUUCCAAAUUGGACUUCGAUGAGUCAGUACGGCGGCUUUCCGAGACGGAAAAGAGACUGGCGGCCCUGGAAGAGGCUUUGGGACCUCCAGAUGCUCCGGGAGAUGGUGAGGCCGAAGGCGAGGUGGACAAGCCAAGCAAAUUUGGUGGUCACUUUGAAGCUGUCAUGCGUGCUUUUCUGGCAGAGUCCAAGCUUCGCGUUUCGAAGUUGCGGCAGCAGGCAGAGGAGGUGCAGGACCUGAGCAAGCAGUGCUGUGACCUUUUCGCAGAGAAGCCGCGAACACCAGCGCCUGAGACUCUUGGCAAGCUGGCGGGCUUUCGCAAGGACAUGGAAGCGGCCACCCGAGCAAAUCUCCUGUACAAGGCCAAGAUGGACAGUCGGAAGAAAAAGGAGCAGGCGAAGGCUCAGAAGACCUCAGCGCUUGAGGUCAAGCAGUCUCCGCUUUCCACAGUGGAGACCGCGAAGUCAGAAGGCGCCAAGUCGCACGAGGCGCCUUUGGAAGCAGCAUCUCCGCCAAAGAUGAAGACGAUGCACGUGAAGAUUCCGGAGAGGCCUCCCUGCGUGAUUCAUGCCUCGCGUGGCCCGGCGGUAUCUUCCAGUCUCCUCAAGGAGGCCUUGGUCUUGGCCACCAGUGCCACUUCCAACGGGGGUUUAGGCAGGUUGAGCGUGGGACCAGCAGGAGGCCGCCAAACUCUCGGUUCCCUCGAAAGCAUGGGGCGUGCAACCAUGGGAAAUCCGAUGGGGAAUCUUGCGGGCCGACGGACGUUGGACUCUUCUUUGGAGGGGCUAUCUGGAGUGCUCAACCAUCUGCGUUCGAGCCUGGGGGAGAGCCAAACAACACAAGCUGCCAACAAGGCCUCUAGCAACGCGGAUGAUCGGCAGGCUGCCAGCCAGGCUUCUGCCAGCCAGGCUUCUGUUAGCCAGGCUUCUGUUAGCCAGGCUUCUGCAAGCCAGGCUGUAAGUCACGCGGCUCCUGAGGCUGCUGGUGAGGCCGCACCUGCUGCCACCCAGGUGCCUCCCAGCAAAGCAGCACCGAGCCAGGUGGUGACACCCCCGGCUGUUGUGACACCCCCGGCUGUCGAGAAAGGCCAACAAAGUAUUCAGCCGGCAGACAAAGUUGGCCAUCAAAUCAAUCAGCCGCCGCCGACACGCGAGAAGCUGAAAGUGCCGACCCGCGCUGGUUUGAGUGCCGACUUCCUGAAAAUCUCCACCUCUGGGCGCGUCAGCCUCGGACCACGCAGUCAGGCUGCACUCGCCGCAGCGCAAGCGGCAGAGGAAGCUCAGGCAGCCAAAGAAGCCGCGGAGCGAUUGGAGGAAAAGGAACGGAACAGCUUAGCUCAGAAGGCUCGGCAGGAGCGCAAGUCUCACGGCGUGCCUCUUCAACGUGUGGACCCUGUCCUGGACCCGAUGGAUGCGGCGCUUCCUCCUCCGGAAGAGCCUCGCCCAAGCUUGGCUGAACAAUUCCGGCGAAGGCGAAGAGUCAACCAAGAUGAUGCCUUAACUCGUGACAGGCAGGAAGACAGGCGUGACACGUGCAAGCCAGCUUGGCAGACCAGCCAAGUUAACGAACUGCCCGUCCAGUCUGCGGCGAGCAAUGGCAUGGAUGCGACAGCCUUGGCAAAAUUUCAGCCGGAGCUGGACCUGUGGUGCGCUGAGGAGUGGGAGCAAAACCUGCGGGAGAAGCUGUUUGCAAAGGUUCCGGGCCUCUGCGUUCUGGACCUGCUGGAGACCAACAUCCUCUCUUAUUCUCAGGGUGACUGGGGUCUCAUCGAAAGAGAUUUGCUUGCAGCUUUCUCAGAGGAGUUGGCAUGGCUCAUUCUGGAGUGCUUCAAGGACGAAGUUCAGACCUGCUUGGCAGUUCGCAGGGAGUUGAUCAAUUUCAAGAAGCUCUGUUUGCAUCUCUGGCAGACCGCAACUGGCUUCGAAAAGGACCUUCGGCAACUCACGAGUUUCUUUUUCUGCAGGGUCGCUGAUGAGACGCCUUCAAGCGAAUCAUCCCAUGAUGAAUCCCGGCGGCAGUCCUACAUCACAAUCUCGAACUCGCUAAGUGAGUGUCGUGGUGCCGUGGCCGCUGUUUUUGAUGCAAGGCACUUCAGCAAAGCUAUUUGUGCCUUGCCACGCCAUCCUGCCAGUGGGGUCCCAUGGAAAUUCGAAGCUUUGCCGGAGAGUCUUGAACUUUGGAAGCCAUUGGAGCAAGCGCGCUACUUCCUUGAGAACUACAAGGCUUUCGAUGCAUACUUCGCAGCGAUGCACGGGGAGAGCACCGAAACGGCUGUUAAGCCGGCCAAGUCACAGAGGCCUUCCUCACGCUCAAAGCUCUGCACCCUCGACCCCUUCCUGGAAUCUCUUCCCUUUUUAGUUGUCUUCUUCCCCAUCUAUGCUAACCUGAGUCUUCUCUUUGUACCAUUCAGGGCAUGGCGCUCGGAGCGGGACUUGGUCGAAUCAGAUCUAGGCACCUGGACUGGAGCAGAGGAGGAAGCCUUGAAUGACUUUGCGAGAGGCUCCUCCGGGCUUCGGAGGCUUCUAGAAGCAGUGGAGGCAAGGAAAUCAGACGCAGAUUGUCAGCCCCUCUCAGCAGACCUCCAGACUCCUCAGGUAACAGGGCUACAGCUGCCAUCGCUGGGGAAUGCCAGACGGUAUCUGGAGCUCGUGCUGAUCGCUCGUGGAGCUGCUAAGGCGACUGGGCUCAAGGGCGCUCUACGUCGAUACAUCGCAGCAGUUCGACAGGUCGAAGAGCAGGCUUUGGCCCUCGAGUGCCGACUGCGGGUGCUCCUUGGGAAGGACGGGUACACGGCGACACCGGCGGAGUCCCUGAGCGGCACCGCUCUGUCUGCCGGGCUACAUCUACAUGCCUCGCGCCAUUUGCUGGUGCUUAGAGGGAUGCUCUCUGUCACGUCUGAGCUGCUUCGCUGGCUUGAUCCCAUUGCAGACAUGCGAAGCACUGCCUCAAGGCUCUUCGUCUCUGGGGCACGUGGUGCUGCCGCCUUUGUACCCCGAGGUUUCCCCGACGUGUUGGCCAGGCACCGUGCUGCUCGAGGCGGAUACCGCGAGGCCAUGCUCUCCGAGCUGACCCGUGUGGGCUGGCCAAAGUCGGCCCGCCUCGGCGAGGAGGAGAAGCGUCUCGAUGCUUGCCAAACGUGUUCGGUCAGAUUGUCAAAGUUGUGGCUUCAUAGGGGCCAAUGCCUCGUAUGCGAAACCAAGCUACGGUCAGAAGGGCGAUGUCCAUACGGUGGCACGAGAUGCAGCAAGAGUUUCUGCGCCCACGAAUCGAGAUGUGUUGUGUGCGAGCAGUGGUCCUGCGAGCAAUGCAACUUGCUGCGUGGUGAUGGCGAAGAUGUCUGGCAGAUAGCAUCGCAGCGCGGACCGUCCGUGGUCUUCUUGGACUUUGACCGCACGCUCUGCACGACCAAGGCUGGAGCGUCCCCGCUCUCUGGGAAUCAUUCGCUUGACUCUGACCUGGUCGCUCUGUGCACCAUGCAUCCGAGCGUUUUCAUCGUGACGCGCAACUCACGAAGCCAGGACAUCGCAGCCUUUCUUCGGCAGCAUGGAAUACGGGCGCGCUUACCUGAGGAGCAGAGGGAUGAUCCGUCAGCUUCAGGCCUUCGCGGAAAUGUUGAAGUCCGCAGCAUCAAGCGCGAAGGCUUUGGCUCCAAGGCAGACUUCAUCUUGCAGCAGCUCGCCAUGAGUCAUGAUGGCGAGAAGGCCAGUGGCCUUUUCGUGGAUGAUGACAUCAAGGAGCUGACGGAUGAUGCGCUGCAAGAUGCGGUGGCCAGUGGUCAGCUUCAAAGACUGCUUUUCGUUCGCUCUGGUGGCAAGGAGUAA